AUGCGUCUAGCACUUCUUGUGCUGGCACUGUUUGGCCAUGCCUCAGCAGACUUGUUCACUUCAAUUGCGGAUAUGCAGCAACUGCUAGAAACCGAAAGAAAUAUUCCAAAACUGCUGGACAAAUACAUUCAUGAAGAGGAAGAGAGACUCGUUCAGUUGAAGAAGCUGUCAGAGGAGUAUUCGAAAAAGAAUGAGCAAUCGAUUGCCAAUGGAAUGAAUGAUAUUGUGAAUCCAAUCAAUGCGUUCUUGUUGAUCAAGAGAAAGAUCUUUGACUGGAAAGAGAUCGAAUCGAAAAUGAAUGCUAACAAAGCUGGCAUUCAUGUGUCCUCAAUCACAGAUGAUAACUACGGUGUGCGUUAUCCAACUGCUGAUGAUUUGAGUGGAGCUGCCAUCGGAUUACUCCGUCUUCAAGACACUUAUCGUUUGGAUACCAAAGAUUUGGCCGAUGGAAAGAUUUAUCAGGAUCAAGGAAACUACACUUUCUCGGCAAAAGACUGCUUUGAGAUUGCUCGUGCUGCCUACAACGAGCACGACUUCUAUCAUACGGUUAUGUGGAUGGAAGAGGCUAAGAGAAGAAUGGAUGAUGAAGAGGAACCAACUGCUGAUAUGGAAGAUAUUCUCGAGUAUCUCGCAUUCGCUCUUUACAAACAAAAUAAUCUUAAACACGCUCUCAAAUUAACUGACGAGUUGUACAAAAUGAACCCAGCUCAUCCACGUGCCAAAGGAAAUAUCAAAUGGUAUGAAGAUCUUCUGGAGCAAGAAGGCGUUCGUCGCAGUGAGAUGAGAAAGAGCAUUCCACCAAUCCAAAACCGUCGUCCCGAUUCGGUCCUUGGAAACACUGAAAGAACAAUGUACGAGGCUUUGUGUAGAAACGAGGUUCCAGUUUCUCAAAAAGAUAUUUCCAAGCUGUACUGCUACUACAAAAGAGACCGCCCAUUCUUGAUCUACGCUCCAAUUAAAGUCGAAAUCAAAAGAUUCAAUCCACUUGCUGUCCUUUUCAAGGAUGUCAUUUCUGACGAAGAAGUUGCUACGAUUCAAGAACUUGCCAAACCAAAACUCGCAAGAGCCACUGUCCACGACUCAGUUACCGGAAAAUUGGUCACUGCCACUUACCGUAUCUCCAAGAGUGCCUGGUUGAAGGCUUGGGAGCAUGAAGUCGUCGAGAGAGUCAACAAGAGAAUUGAUUUGAUGACUAAUUUGGAGAUGGAAACUGCCGAGGAACUUCAAAUUGCUAAUUAUGGAAUCGGAGGACAUUAUGAUCCACAUUUCGAUCAUGCCAAGAAAGAAGAAUCCAAGAGUUUUGAGAGUCUCGGAACCGGAAAUCGUAUUGCCACAGUUUUGUUCUAUAUGCGUCUAGCACUUCUUGUGCUGGCACUGUUUGGCCAUGCCUCAGCAGACUUGUUCACUUCAAUUGCGGAUAUGCAGCAACUGCUAGAAACCGAAAGAAAUAUUCCAAAACUGCUGGACAAAUACAUUCAUGAAGAGGAAGAGAGACUCGUUCAGUUGAAGAAGCUGUCAGAGGAGUAUUCGAAAAAGAAUGAGCAAUCGAUUGCCAAUGGAAUGAAUGAUAUUGUGAAUCCAAUCAAUGCGUUCUUGUUGAUCAAGAGAAAGAUCUUUGACUGGAAAGAGAUCGAAUCGAAAAUGAAUGCUAACAAAGCUGGCAUUCAUGUGUCCUCAAUCACAGAUGAUAACUACGGUGUGCGUUAUCCAACUGCUGAUGAUUUGAGUGGAGCUGCCAUCGGAUUACUCCGUCUUCAAGACACUUAUCGUUUGGAUACCAAAGAUUUGGCCGAUGGAAAGAUUUAUCAGGAUCAAGGAAACUACACUUUCUCGGCAAAAGACUGCUUUGAGAUUGCUCGUGCUGCCUACAACGAGCACGACUUCUAUCAUACGGUUAUGUGGAUGGAAGAGGCUAAGAGAAGAAUGGAUGAUGAAGAGGAACCAACUGCUGAUAUGGAAGAUAUUCUCGAGUAUCUCGCAUUCGCUCUUUACAAACAAAAUAAUCUUAAACACGCUCUCAAAUUAACUGACGAGUUGUACAAAAUGAACCCAGCUCAUCCACGUGCCAAAGGAAAUAUCAAAUGGUAUGAAGAUCUUCUGGAGCAAGAAGGCGUUCGUCGCAGUGAGAUGAGAAAGAGCAUUCCACCAAUCCAAAACCGUCGUCCCGAUUCGGUCCUUGGAAACACUGAAAGAACAAUGUACGAGGCUUUGUGUAGAAACGAGGUUCCAGUUUCUCAAAAAGAUAUUUCCAAGCUGUACUGCUACUACAAAAGAGACCGCCCAUUCUUGAUCUACGCUCCAAUUAAAGUCGAAAUCAAAAGAUUCAAUCCACUUGCUGUCCUUUUCAAGGAUGUCAUUUCUGACGAAGAAGUUGCUACGAUUCAAGAACUUGCCAAACCAAAACUCGCAAGAGCCACUGUCCACGACUCAGUUACCGGAAAAUUGGUCACUGCCACUUACCGUAUCUCCAAGAGUGCCUGGUUGAAGGCUUGGGAGCAUGAAGUCGUCGAGAGAGUCAACAAGAGAAUUGAUUUGAUGACUAAUUUGGAGAUGGAAACUGCCGAGGAACUUCAAAUUGCUAAUUAUGGAAUCGGAGGACAUUAUGAUCCACAUUUCGAUCAUGCCAAGAAAGAAGAAUCCAAGAGUUUUGAGAGUCUCGGAACCGGAAAUCGUAUUGCCACAGUUUUGUUCUAUAUGUCUCAACCAUCUCACGGAGGAGGUACCGUAUUCACUGAAGUCAAAUCGACAGUGCUCCCAACCAAAAAUGAUGCUCUCUUCUGGUACAAUCUCUACAAACAAGGAGACGGAAAUCCAGAUACUCGACAUGCUGCCUGCCCAGUUCUUGUUGGAAUCAAAUGGGUCUCCAACAAAUGGAUCCACGAAAAAGGAAAUGAGUUCCGUCGUCCAUGUGGAUUGAAGUCUUCCGAUAAAGAACGAUUCGUCGGAGAUCUUGGAAUUGGACCAGAGCCAAGAGAUGCUCCAAAUCUUUCUCCGAACCUUGGAAAAGAUGUUUGGGAGACCAUUUAA